AUGUUGUUGUGCAAAGAGUGCAAGCGGCGGCUCUCGCAGCGCGACUUCAACAAGCGCCAGCUGAACAAGCGCAAGAACAAGCAGCAGCCGACGUGCAUCGAGUGCCUGGAGCAACUGAAGAACGGCGGGAGCACGGCCAACAAUGGCGAUACCGCCGCACCGGCAAGUAGUGCCGCCGCUGCCGAACCCGUUGCAGCCUCAUCGUCCAAGAAAAGCUCGUCCGGCUCGGCCGCAAAGGCAUCGACAAAAGCGAGGGCACUCAAGCCGAGCCGAGCCAGGCCGGGCCGCGGCGUAGCCAACAAGGUCGAUGCCUUUGUGCAUGCGACGUUGACAAAGCUCGCGAGGGCACAUGCGACCUGGCACAGCCUCCUCGCCAACCACCAGUUUGCGGCCUUUGAGCGGUGCGCCGUCCGCUACGGCCCGCUCACCUUCCGCUUCCCGCUCAUCCUCAUGCACGCCUUCUCGCUGCUGGGCGAGGCGACUUCGCCGGAGGAGAUCGACCAGCUGAACCGGGAUUCAUGGAAGGCGCUCGUUGCAGCGCUCAAGAACAUCCAUGCGUGGUGCCCGUCGUACACUGACGCCAUCGACGAGCUCCAAGCCUCGCUCGACAAGCUGGCCUCGGACGAAGACGUUUACGCCAUGUUUCCCCAGCUUGACACGCUGCCCACCAAGUCGCAUGUCAUGAAUGUGCUCAACAACUGGGGCUUUAGUGUCUCGCGAGGCCAUGCGCUCUCGGGCAUCCGGGUUUUCUUCUCCCUCGCGCUUGUCUUCUCGCGCGUCAUCCCGUCAGAGGCCUGGGCCAGCCUGUCAUGGCCGGGCGAGGUGGGCGAAGCAAGCGAUGGCACUGUUGAUCCUCUCGUUCACGCUGAACUGGUUGCCAUCCGUGUUUCCGUCGAGGCCGAGGCCGAGGCGCAGGCCCGGGCUGCGCAGGAGAAGGCUGUCAGGCUGGCCGCCGAGGCCGAGGCCGCCCGCAUUGCUCGCAUCGAGGCCGAAGCCAAGGCGGCCACAGAGAACGACGCCAAGGCUGCGGCCCGCGACGCUGCUGCUGCCGAAGCCAAGGCCGUCACCCGAGCGAAGGCCGCCGCUGCCGCCGCCGAGGAGGCCGUCACUGCGGAUAUGAAGGCCAAGGCCGAGGCCGAGGCAAGGGCCGCGGCCGAGGCCGACGCAAGGGCCAAGGCCGAGGCCGAAGCGAGGGCCAAGGCCGAGGCCGAGGCCGCUGAAGCCAAGGCUGCUGCCUCUGCCGCUGAAGCCAAGGCUGCCGCCGCUGCCGCCGAGGCCGAGGCCAAGGCUGCGGCCAAGAUGCAGGCCGAACUCGAGGUCGAGGCCCAGUCCGCCGCUGAGGCCAAGGCUGCUGCGGAGGCCGAGGCCAAGGCCAAGGAUUUUGCGACCAAGAACAAGAUGUGCACGGUGUGCAAGGAGGUGAAGCACAAGUCGAAGUUUUCGCGGUCACAGUGGAGCAAGUCGUCGCGCAAGUGCCUCGACUGCGUUGCGCAGGUGCAGCUCUACCUCAACGUGUUCAAGGGCGUCCGCCUCACCAACGCUAUGAACAUGUUCUCGAAGCUCUCGCUGGCUGACGCGGUGACGGCCGGAAAGGCUGCGCUCAAGGCAGCGGCGAACGAGAAGUCGCCGUUCACCAUCUACCAGCGCAUCAUCUCGAGCUCAUGGGACAUGUCGCAAGACUCUACGGUCCGCAGUGCGCGGACGGAUAACGGGUACAACGCCAUGCACGCGGCAGCGGUGAGCGGCAACGUCCGCUACGUCAAGGCGCUGGCCGACAUGGGCGUCCGGCUCGACGUGGUCUCAAAGUCUGGCAUCACUCCGCUUGUGCUUGCGUUCUUCAACGUGGUGACCGAGGCCGGCAACCGCGAGGCUGUCGACGUCUUGCUGACCAUGCUCGAACUCGGGCCAAAGUGCGGUGGCGACAUCCACACUGCGUGCAUCGACUGCGGCGGCGCGAAAGUCUCGCUCGUCGAGCUGGCCUUUGCCUUGUUCCAGGCAAACCUCGCCUCAGUCCUCACCCAGUACGUCGUGGCGCCGCCGCUCUACACAGAGGAGCAGAGCAGCUCGCUCGCGACAACUGUCUUUACCACGCGGUGGGCGAUCCAGCUCCGGAUCUCGAUCGCGGCUCUCCGGAUCCCGGUUUCAAAACUCCUUGCCAAGAUCCAAGUCCUGCCCGAUUGGCAGACCGCGCUUGCCGAUUGCGUGGCCCAGCACUACGAGCUCCUCUCUACCCUGCUCACCUCGGUCGAGUCGUCGCCGGCCGAGUUCCAGCCGCAGCCUGUGGCGCUCGCAGAAAGCGAAUACGCGGUGGAUCUGUUUGUCCUCGCCUUUAAGCUCACCGCCGCCCUCGCCUUUCCACAUGCACAGCUCGGGCGGGCAGACCUGUUCUCGUCAGUGGUCUCUGCAGGCGAGGUGACGGCCGCUGAGGCCGUGGCCGUCGUCAUGGCUGGGCUCGGGAUUGCUGUUGAGACCAUGACUGAGCUGCCGAACGGAGCGAACAUGUCGAUUGUGUCGCGGGCCGUCAUCUCUGGCUCGCCCGACAUGGUCAAGUACAUCUUGGAGCUGCCUGGCGUGGAUCUGUCGAUGACAGAUGCGUUUGGCUCGCCAGCUGCGUUUGCCAAGGGUGUGUCGAUGGAAGCCGAGGUCAAGGACGCCAUGUUGGCGGAGCUGAGCGCUGCGAGCGCUUCCGCCAGCACGUAG